AUGGAUUAUAACCAUUCUAAAAUGGCGUCUGCCAACGCUAAAGCUUACUCAAAGGCAUAUGACCGCCACAGAAACAAAAUAUCCUCCAAGUACCGUGCACUUAAUGUCUUUUUGGUUGUCGGUGACUGCAUUUUGGUUGGAUUUCAGGUGAUUUAUGCUAGAUAUCUAGUUACUCAAUUCUCAUUCAAAGUGUAGAGAAAAAUCUGAUUUUAAACUUCAUGUGAUUCAUGUUAGAUAAAAUACUGCUUCUAGAUUUCAAAAUGUUAGAUAUUUUGUUACUAAAUUCUCAUUCAAAUUCCAGAUAUAAAAUCUGAUUCUGUAAAAUUAUUGACGUUCAUUUUAUUUAUUUACUGCAGCCUAUUCUAGUUUUCAUGUGCAAGGUGGAUGGGGGCUUCAAGUUUAGUCCUAUUAGCGUUAACUUCCUUACAGAGUGUGCAAAGGUUGUAUUUGCCAUUGUCAUGUUACUCCUUCAGGUUUGUAAUUCCUUUUCAUUCUCCAAUUAAGAUGCCUGGUUUUUUCAUGAGACGCUGAUUCUUGCAGACUUAUUGAAUAGAUUUCUUGUAUGAAUUGAAUCUGAUGAACCGAGUAAUUGAUGAUUAACAUUCAGUUGCGUGUGAAACUCUUCUCAUGAAUUGUGAUGAUCUGUCAACUGUCAUUUGAUUACAUCAUGCGUCCUAUUGUUUAUUGAAAAUAUUCACAUUUGAGAGAUUUUUGGGUCCUUAUUCUGUUUAAAUUAAUUCUCAGGCUCGGCAGCAGAAAGUUGGAGAGAAGCCCUUGCUCUCAUUUUCAACUUUUAUUCAGGUAAAAGUAUCUAAUAUGUGUAUUAGAGCGCUUCCUGUUUUUUAGUCUACUUUAUGUUCAUUAAAACGCCGUAAUCUCGAGCUUGUUCUAGUUACAAAGUAAAUCCAAGCAAAUUUAGAGUUUUUAGUACUGAUUUUAUUUAAGGCCAUCAAAUCAGAGGGUGUGACAUCGUCGUUCACAUUUAUGGAGACUUUAUAUGGUGUGCAAUAAAUUUUGUAUGAGUUACCCUAGUCUGGAAGGACAUGCCCGACUUUGUAUUUUAAAAAAAGAUCCCACUUCGAUCAGGAGCUACUGACCAAAAACAUGGUGGAUUUAACUGUCCAGUAUCUUGCGUAUUUCCUGAUUUUCUGACUGCAAAUUUUUAAGCUUAACUAAAGAUUCCCACGCACGAACAAGGAUAAUACAGUUGAAUAAUGCUAGCGGGGAGUGUGAAGAGGGAUGAUAUCCGCAACAAUGUUGAUAUCAUGGAUAUUCAGCUUUCCGACGUUAAUUUACUGACAAUUAAGGUGAAAAAGAACAAAAAUAUCAAGAGACCGAAAGCAGUGCCUGGAACAGAAUAUGAUGGGGAGGAGAUCAAUGACUGAUAUUUAAGUGCGAUUUAUUUCUUCCCCUAGGUCUGAUUGGUCAAGUUAAAACGUUCACCUACCGUGGUCGUCAGCUCUGGCUGGGGACUAUAUAUUGUCUUGACAAAGUUUAGUUCGUGCAGGUUUGAGUGUGAUAUCAUAUGCUUCUUGAUCUGUGUUAUUUCCAUGCCCUUCUAGAUGAUGGGUGCCUUCAUCAUAUUACUAAACAUAGGGCAGGCGUAAUGGCUCUAUUAUUUGCUGUUCAUGGACGGGAAGUGUUCCCAUCUUGAUUGCCACUUGUCUUUUCGUAUAUUAUUUUUUCUUCAUGUACUAGUUCAUACGUAAGUACAUCUAACGCCUUGCUUUUUUCCUCCUCUUUAAUCUUACAGGCAGCUCGUAAUAAUGUCCUUCUUGCUGUUCCCGCUCUUCUAUAUGCUAUCAACAAUUACCUAAAGUUUACUAUGCAGGUACAUAUCAGAGAUACUUUGGGACUUCUGUGAUGGGCCUUUUUUUAAUCCCUAAACUUUGGCUUGCAGUGAAUAUGUUACUAUUUGAUUAUCAUCCUGAGUUAUCUGUUAACCUUUUCUUAGGCUUCUGGAGCUUUUGUUAACCAUGCCUUUUUUAACAAAUUCCUUGUCCCUUUGAUGCAGUUGUAUUUUAACCCUGCAACUGUGAAAAUGUUGAGUAAUCUCAAGGUAUUUGCUAUACAGCUUUUCAAUGUUUGAUGCUUCUUCUGUUCAUAAUUUUAAAAUGUUAACUGCUGUGGUCAGCCAUCUUUUAAUUUUUUCAUUCUAGAUUGCAUGAAGAAUAUAACAGAACAUACGUCUACUUUUUAGCCGAGUAAAGGCACGUUCUUAUGUUUUUAUUUUCAUGAUUAAGGUUUUAGUUAUUGCUGUCCUGCUGAAGUUUAUAAUGAGAAGACGAUUUUCCGUUAUCCAGGCAAGUCUAAUCUUUCAAUUAAAUUGCUAGUGCGUUGAUACUUAAAUUUGGCAAUAUACUUAAAUUACUACUAUCAAGCGUCUUUUCUUCUGAAAUCCUUCUGUCGAUUCAUAAUUAUUUUAGAGAUGGAUAAUGCCAUAUUUCAUGCUAGCUGUGGCUUUGAUGUCAGUUAACAUGUACCUGCUGUUUGUGCAGUGGGAAGCUCUCGCCCUCUUGCUCAUUGGGAUCAGUGUUAAUCAACUUAAAUCAUUGCCUGAGGGUACUACUGCCCUUGGUCUUCCAGUUGCCACUGGUGCAUACAUAUGUACAUUGAUAUUUGUAAGUAAUAUUUCCUUCCCAAAAGCUGACUCGCUUCACAAUGUUUAGUGUCUCAUUUCUGCAUCCUUCUCAAAUUUAUUCAUCUCAUGUAAUGCUGCUAAUUUAUGAUUCAGUUUGUUUUUAGGCUGUAACUGUACGCGCCAAGGCUUGAUUGUGGCAUAGGCUUUAUUUUAUCGUUUUGGUUUUUGUACCUUAGCUGAUCUUUUGCCACGAACUAACAUUUUGUGGGGUAAAUUUUGAUGGUGAUCAUUUUUUUGCUGAUUUGUUUUGGGAACCAGUGAUGGGACAUCGAAAUUCCAUGGAACACUCUCAUUUCAUGUAGAAUUUGUCUUUUUCUAUGAGGAAUCAAGCUGUGAAACUUAAGUGAGGCUUAAAUUCUCAUAAUGAAAACUGGUUCGCCAAUUCAACCAGUUUACCUUGUAUUGGAGUUUUAGCCUUCAACAUGUAGGAUGAUUUGAGUCAAGAGCCAUAGUCUUAAAAACAUUGAGUUUCUUUGACCCGAUCGAAAAUGUUUUAAACUGAGGCAUACAACUUCGGGUAAUCUGGAAUUCACGAGUAUUUGGAGGUUAUUUUGUACGAAAACUGCAAACUUUGAUUCAUAAGCGUUUUUUUUUACUUCUGGCUCUAUGAAAAGUUUGUAAACUUUUUAAAACGGCAGGUAGUUUCCUUUUAUGUUACUGGAUGAUUCAAAGCAUUAAUGUUGUAGAUAUUGGUCACAGGCAAGUAAAUUUUACAGCAUGUUUACCGAUGCCAUUGUGUGGGACGUAGUAUGUGGAAGAAAAAGGAAGGAGUGGAUCUUGUGAAAUCUUGCAAUAUAUAGCAAAUCUCAUCGAUUUGUUUGACUUUGCGGACCUACUACAGAAAGACGUCCCGGGGAGUUCGACGCUACAUAUCUGUGGAUUUCUUGGAGUCUAUCUCAUAACUUCAGAUAUUCACUGACAAUAUUCAACUUUCUUGAAAUUCUGUGGAUUUCUUGCAGUCUAUCUCAUAAUUUCAAAUAUUCACUGAAAAUAUUCAACUUUCUUGAAAUAUUAAUUUCCCACUGGGCAGGAAAUUGAAUAUUUUUAAGAUUGUGGGAGGAUCUUUGGUCACAGUUCAGUGAUGUGAUUAUUUGCCUUAUAAUAAUGGAUUUUCUUCCUUCAAUACAAUGUUAUUUCUCACCGUCGAUGCUUUCUUUUAAUUUUAUUGUGUAAAACUUUCUUAGGAAAUUUUUUAUUUGCAAUUGUAUGGUACUUAUGUGGAUACUUGCUUUUCAGGUAACUGUUCCUUCUAUGGCCUCGGUUUUCAAUGAGUAUGCUUUAAAGAGCCAGUUUGAUACGAGUAUCUAUCUUCAGGUGAUUCUUUAACACGGAAUGUACUUGCUUAAUACCAAACGAUGAAGAAUGAUUUAGUCUAGUAACUUCAACUCUAUUCUUCAAAACUGUUAUAACCUUUUUCAUGUGGGUUACAGUCAGAGUUCUGAAAUUAUUGCCUGAGGCAACAGUUCACACAGUGAAAUGUGGCAGGGGGUUUCAUAUGCAUAUUUACAUAUGCACUCUCAUUUACUGCCAUUCAUGUAUGCACGAGCACACGGGAGGUAGAUAGAGGAAGGGCAAUUCGAUGUUGUUGGGUUUUCCAACUACGCUGGUGAAUCCUGAUGGCUUUGAUAUUAAUUCAAUAAUAUUUAUCCUCAAAACCCUGUUCGAAUAAAUACCCUUUGAAAUUAUUUAUUUUGUGAUGUGGGUCUGCUGUUCCUAUAUAAUAGCAGGCUUUGGGAUAGAAAAAAUUAGUCUGAUUCACUCGAGUAUGAUGGGGAAUAGUCAGCGAUCUGAGCUUAAAGCUUUUAAGUCCAACUGACAUGCGUAGCAAAUAUUUCUCUUCAGUGCAAAUAUUUCUUAAAAAUGCAAAAAAAAAAAGUUUUGUUGGGUUUGAGAUCUGGUGUCGCCUGUGAUCACGAACAGUGCCACCCCGGAUUUCUCCAAUCCGUUUUAAGUCAUCCAAACUAACCUCCCCACGCUAAUCCAGAAGUGGCACGGGAAAUAAUGGGUUGAAUUUGCUGGUAACAACCAUUCACAGAUUAUGGCUGUUCCGACCCGAUUUUAUUGAUUUUUUAAUCCUUGAGACUUGCCUAGGUUGUUUUUGGGUUAAUAACAUGUCUAACCUGAGCCUUUGUGGUGCUACAUGAGGUAAAGGACAAUUAGAGCCUCUUCCCAAUCUUUCUUUAGUCUUAAUAGUCCAAUCCUGUUUAGCUGACUGAGUAAUUUUACAGAAUUGGAAUUUAGAUGGUGCACUUUCUUACUAGGAAGUAAGCUAAAGGAAACAUGUUCUAUAUCAAAACUGUGAUCCACAAGUCAUGCACUAGUUAUCCCACAACAAAGCCCCAGUUUCGAAGUUUACAGCCUGGAGAAGGUGCGUGCAGGCAACAGCAAAUGCCCCCAGGUUUAUUCUAUAAGAUAGUCUCUUGUUAUCCCCAAAAUGAAAAAAGACUUCAUAAACUCAGAGUAACAUACACUAAUUUGAAAUCAUAAAGACUUUAAAAAAGUAGCCAAUUAGAGUAUCUAUUCCUUGCGAAACAUAGGAAUCUUUUUUUUGCCUCUUCACCCAGUGCUAAGGUUCAGCUGUGAGCAGGUAUAGUGAGCUUUAGGUUCAUCUUAAAAGACUAGGACUGAUGAUUACCUAGGCCCCUAUUUUUGUGUGGAAGCCUUGAACUUUGCCUAUUAUUUUCACAAGUAAUGCUGUAUAUGUGUGUUUGACCAGAUUUUGACAGGAAACUGAGGUGUUGAUUUCAUUUUUCCCCCUUUUGGUUUCCAGAGCUUACAUUCUUUUUGGUGUCUUUUUUUUUUUUCGUUUAAGUUUGAUGGAAAGCCUCAGCAUUCUUUUUUUGUGUUUUUUUCCCUGCAGAACUUGUUUCUUUAUGGCUAUGGUGCAUUUUUCAACUUCCUUGGAAUUAUUGGGAUGGCUAUCUUCAAAGGUUCGAGGAGCCCAACGUUUGGUCUAAAUUUGUAAUGUGCUGUUGUUUAUUUUCUGCGGUUCCUAUUAUAUGGGCUACCUUAACAAUUCCCGUAUUCAUCAUCGUCGGCGUCAACCUGCUUAUUUCAUCCUCCGCAUUUUUAUUUUUAAGUAUGCAAUAGAUGCCUUUCUGGAUGUUUUCGCAAUGCGUCUUUAAAGUUUUUUUCACAAUUUUUUUUUUCGUUUCAUUAUGCGUGGAAAAUGCGAGUAAGUGUUCUUGUUCAAUUCCAAGACUGGUAUGUGACCGAUAAAUCGAAAAACCGAGUUAUAAUAUAGACUGCCCAUAGACUGAGGUAACUUUAGGAUGUAUCAUCAUUUUUAUCCCUUCACUAUGAGUUAGACGGGUGCCAGGUAGUAAGAAAUUUUACACCGGAUCAUAUCUGAGUCAAGAUCUGAUCAGCCAGAUGGGCCUGCCCACUAUUGUGAAGCCCGCAAAACUUUUUGAAAAAUCUCCCUAGACUUAUGUGGUUCCGGCAUCUAGUCACCCGCUCCUUUUUGUGUUUCUUUUUUCCCAGGUCCCGAUAGCUUCGACAUCCUUCAGGGCCAUUCAAAAGCCACGGUGUUCUUAAUAUGUAACAAUGCAGCACAGGGCAUUCUCUCUUCCUUUUUCUUCAAAUAUGCAGGUGAGACCUUCACCUCUGUCAAGGUGUUUUUCUUAAUAUGAUGCGCACGAAACCAAAAGUGCGUAUCGUAUUUAGUUGCCUUUUGCAGAAGGUCUAAUUAGAGCUUCUAUGGUGAAUGCAGACACAAUUCUAAAGAAAUAUUCAUCAACUGUUGCUACCAUUUUCACUGGCAUAGCUUCUGCUGCACUAUUUGGUCAUACCUUGACCAUAAACUUCGUUCUGGGAAUAUCGAUUGUUUUUAUCUCCAUGCACCAGGUAAUCUCUCGGGCAUUUCUUGCAUAAUUUGACGUCGACCUUCACUGUGUUGACUUAUUUUGUUGUCAGUUCUUUUCACCAAUGUCGAAAGUCAAAGAUGAGGUGGCGAAUGGGAGUGUAGAUUCUCAGGGUCUCAGGUAUGUUCUUCUGCCCGAUCGCCACUUUGCCAAUUCGGGUUCCUCAUCCCGUGUUGUUGUAUUCCUAGCCGAAUUCCAUAUCACUUCGAAUAACUUUUGUUCAUCAUCGGGAUGCUUGUUCUCAGAUCAAAGGAAGAAUCCUUCAUUAACAUGGCAGCUGCGGCAACUCAGGAUGUAAGAAAUAGCUCUCUUCCUUCCUCUGGUUUCUCAUUGGUUCGCACAUAAAGCAACUCAGUCUCCUUCCUCUUUGCCCUGCUGUCUUCAUAAUUCCUCAGGUUAGCCAUCGUGUGGGACCUGAUGAAAGGGAACCUCUUCUACCUACCUGA